AUGGGGGAUCACGUAGUAGACCCAGCUGCACCAUUAGCGCCAAUGGAACCUCUUGUGCCAGAGACUGCUCUAUAUGACUGGGCACAACCCACAACAGAGAACUUGAACACAACGAUUUUAGUCCCCCAGAUACAGGCCGAAAUGCCCAUUGAGCUAGAUGAGUCAACGAAACUGACAGAGGUGAUAGUACAGCCUGCCCAGGAAGAACAUAACACCCAAGUUGAGGCUGAGAAAGAAGCUAAGACAAAACAGGAAUCGGUAGUUGAGGUGGUAGUUGACAAAGAAAAUACUCAUUGGGAAGAAGAUACCCCCUACACCAUUCCCAUAGAGGCUAGCCAAACCUGCAAUGCGGUGGUGACUAGACCAAUUGCUGAGAAGCUAUCUGACCCAGGGAGUUUCACGAUUCUAUGCACUAUUGGUAACUUUGCUUUCACCAAAGCACUUUGUGAUUUGGGAGCUAGCAUAAAUCUUAUGCCCCCGGCGAUUUAUAAGAGGUUGGGGAUUGGAAGAGCCAGACCCACUUCUAUAUUGUUGCAGCUGGCUAACAAGACCGUAAAAAGACACUCUGAAGCUGAUGAUGAGACGCUAACUAUUGAGGACCCUCUUGCUGCAUGUCUAGUAAAUUUAGAUGAGGUGAAUGGGGAAGAACUGGCAGAAUGGGUGUUGUCUUUAUAG